AGGCCAAGUUGUUAGAAUCGUCUCACGCUUGGCUCGGCGCCUCUACAUCGUCAAUAGCCGAUUAUCCAAGCUUACUAAAGCUUAAAACGCCGACGUGGACGCAGGAACAGCUAAGAGAGGCGAUAGAGGCGGUCGUUAAACAGAAAAUGCGCUUUACCCAGGCGUCGUCGCGCUACGGCAUACCGAAGGGAACGCUUUACGAUAACAUACUUGGAAAAUCUAAACGCAUGGCGGUACUCGAGGAAGCAGGUUUGACGGCUCGCGAGGAGGAGGCGGUUUUAGAGUUUUGCUGCGACGUUUCCGUCUCGCCGUACAAUCGGCGAACGAAAAAGUCGCUUCAGUCGAUCUUGAAUUUUGUCGAAAAGCUGCGGCGCUUGCGCGAUCCCGAGUUUAUGUUUACGGGAUUGUCGGGUUUUCGAUGGUGGUGGGCGUUUUGUAAGAAACACAGCAUUGUCUCACUUUUUUACGACAAUGGCGGGUACUAACUUUUCUCAGGUGCUGACUGAUUUUCUACAAUUAGAUGUUAAAACAUUCCGUAGACGAUUUUUUGAUAUCAAACGCGCUUCCUCGACUACUGUUUGUUGUAAUCAAUCCGUUUAUUUUUACUUUUUUGUACAAUUUAUCCUCUAUCGAUGUUAUUAGAUUAUUAAUACUAUGUUUGCGUUGAUAUUUGAAUCGUUAAUAUGCGUAUUUUUGUGUGUAUUUAUAAUCGCUAGUUACGUUUACAAUUUUGUAUUCCUCUAUUAUAAACUACUUACGCACAACUAGUGGACUGUUUUAUUUUGAUAUUAUAUAAUACCUAAGGUGUUUAUUUGCCUCAUAUCGAUUACAUUAAUAUUCCAGUUUGUUUUAUUACUAUGAUAAUUACGUGUAGCAAUAAUUGUUAAAACAUUACGUUUAACUCUAUUGACAUUUGAAAUUGUCUAAUUAAGUUGAUUUUUGUUUUAGUGUAAAAUUUGUAGUUUGAUUUUGUAAAAAAGAUUUACAAUAAAUGACAGGAAGUACAAACAGGUCCCAAAAUUUCGAGACGCAGUUCCUGUUAGAUCAAAAAUUCCUACCAUUCCUCGACUUACCAAGUUAUCCCAAAAAGCUUCUUAUCUGUUUUCUGAAAAUUCAUCGCUCUUACAUUUUUUUCUGUAUUAGAAUUGGAGAUUAAACUCUAUGAUCCAAUAGUACCAACUAAAAAGAUAAGUUCCAGGCUCGAUAUGUCUGUACUGGCUUCCUAAAGUAAUUAAUAAAAAAAGACCCUAUAGAAAACAAACACGCAGAAAUAUAUACACGUCCGUUGCAGGGAACUUUAGUAAUAGUACACCGGAUAUGCGCCACUUAGUCUUUAGUAAAUGUCAAAAGAGAGAGGAGAAUACUUACCAAAAGGGGAAACAAGGCAGACUAACACUCCUUGUUCUGAUCUGGAGAAGCUAAACGAAUAAAGUACUUGAUAGGGACAAACAUAAACAGUAAUGGACGUCACAAUUGAGGAUAAUUUAAUCAAUGAUCUCAAAAAUAUUACAAAUAGGUCACAAAAUAUUAUCAAAAUAGGCUUCCACAGAAAGUACCGUUAAGUGAAUAUCCAAGCAAAUGUAAUAAUUACAAUUCGAUUGUAUCAAUAACCAGUAUGCAAUCAAACGUUAAUCAAGGAAUCAACGAAAUAAAAAAAUUACCGACCUCCUGAAUUCAAAAAGGCGCGG